AUGGCUGCGUCAAAAGCUCAAUCAACGCCAUAUCCAAGCGCAGCUCGAAUCUCAGAUUCUGAGUGCUACCCUGCUUACACGGCCUCACUCAAGUGCUUGGAAGUAUAUCGUGAUGACAAGAGUAAGUGCCAGGAACAUUUUGAUGUUUACAAGGAAUGCAAGAAAAAGGAGAGAGAAGCACGACUAGAACGCAAUAGGAACCGGUCUCUCUUCUCAUGA